AGAGACAGGCAGAGGUCCUGUCACAGCAAAGCGAUAACACGAGUCUGAACCAAAGAAACCCACAGAUAACGAGCUGCUCUGCUUUGGUUUGCUGUGGCCAGCAGGUCCGGGCUCCGGGCGGCUAAAUAACAUACUAUCACAUCGGAAUAUUGCAAUACCAGAGCCAAUCUCACCAAUCAGUCGCUAUCAGCCUAGUUUAACGUGCUACUUGUCGCGAAGCCUUAACUAUCUCUCUCUCUCUCUUUCUCUCUCUCCCUCCCAGACCAAAGAAAAAAAAAAAAAGAGAGAGAGCGACAGCCAAGACACUGUCACCCCGUCCGACAUCAUCAACAAACAAAAAACCCCACAAAGAGACGAACCGGCCAGCCAGCACAGCCAGCACAGCCACCAUCUUAACAGGCUGCUGAAAGAGACACACACUGAGAGAGAAAAAGAGGCUAAUGCUUAUAUUGAUCAACAGGUUGUUAAGGUGAUAGUUGACUCUGACAGCCGUGACUGAGGAGCCAAAACAUAAAUAAAAAGGUCCGGACAGCAGGAAGGGCCGCCUGCAUAAUACGUCUCACACGGAUCUACAACACACUUGAUCAAACUCAAAGCUGUGUUGCCCAGCUGUUAAGCAUAAAGGAGCAGCAGCAGCCCAGGACCAAAGGUUGCCGAUGCCUCGUGGAGUUUAAGACCUUCUCAAACAAAAGUCAGAGAAGCCGAAAGGUUUUUGCUCUGAUGUCCACGGACCUGUGUGGAGUUACGUGGACCUGAUAAAGAAAUGGAGGGAUAUUAGUUUGGGCCCGACGCCUGGUUUCUGCUUCCCAUUAUCGCGUGGAGUACAGGCGGCCGGUAGCCGAACUGCUGGCUGCUGCUGGACGGUCCGGCGCUGAGUCCGAUCAGACCGCUACAACAGAGCUGAUGCCAAGGCCAGUCAGCCAUGAUGUCUUUAUAACCUGAUGAUCAGCAGAGAGAUGGUGAGGAAGAAGAAUCCCCCUAUCCGGAGUGUGGGAGGUGAGGAGGAGGAGGAAGAAGAAGAGGGGAGGAGGCCUGCGGGAGAAGAAGAAGAGGAGGGAGAGGAGGAGGGUAGAGUGGGAGCAGAGGCCGAACGCAUAAACCGACCCUCUGAACCAGAAUCCUCCGACCGGAUCAGGGGAGAUGAGGAGCAGGAAGAGGAGGAGGCAGAGAGCGAGUGCGUAUCCUCAUCUGUCUCUCCCUCGUCCGUUGGCGAGCGCUACAGCAACGAGGAGAGAAGGGGGAGGAGAGGGAGAGGGGGGCGAGCCAACCAAGGGGGAGCGGCGUUGACUGACAGACUCGAGAGCCAGUCGGAGCCCGAGGACGGGGAGAAGGGGGUCGAGGAAGGAGAGAGGAGGGAAAGAGGCAGAGGGGGGGCAGACCACCUCACUGCUCCUCUCCUCUCUGCUCCCCACCUCCUCCCCAGACAGGAAGGAGGGGAGGAGUCGACAACGGACACCCCUCCGCUUUCUUCCAGCCCCUCUCCGAAACUCCAGGACUUCAAGUGCAACGUGUGUGGCUAUGGUUACUAUGGCAAUGACCCCGCCGACCUGGUGAAGCACUUUAGGAAGUAUCACCUGGGUCUACACAACCGCACACGGCAGGAUGCUGCCCUCGACACACACAUCCUGGCCCUCCACAACAUGGCUCCCCAAAACACACCCCUAGAUGUACAGGCAGGACAGGGGCAGAGGAGCCAAGCCAAAGAGUCGGGGAAGACUAGACCAGAUAUGCACAUUCAGCAGCACAGGACAGUUAUGAUGAAUGGCACAUAUGACGUACAGGUGACGCUGGGUGGCACGCUAAUUGGGAUUGGCCGGAAGACCUCCGAUUGCCAGGGCAAUACCAAGUACUUUCGCUGCAAAUUCUGCAACUUCACCUACAUGGGCAGCAAUUCCUUAGAACUCGAACAACACUUCAUGACCUCGCAUCCAAAUAAAGUAAAAAGUCCCUCAACCACACCCCUGCUGGCCACCAAUAACCUGGCAAUGCACGACAACCAGGGGAAGGGGGGGAGUCAAAUCUUAGACGGGGCGGAGAGAGUCUCGGUGAGAGCGGAAGACGACUCUUUGGUCGGGUACGCCAUCCCAGUCAGGGCGUCUCCGGACCCGUCAGGCUGGGCGGGGGAGCCCGGUCGAGAUGCUGUGCAGACGUAUUAUUGGUGUAAAUUCUGCAGCUGGAGCUGUGAGUGGUCAGGGGGCUCGGCAAAGCUUUUAGAGCACUAUGAACAAAGACAUAGAAUGACCACGGGGGGUACGAUGAGCCCCGGCAACUCUACUCCCGGGGGGAUGGACAGAGAGAGGGAGAGAGGAGGGAGACGAGAGGGUGGAGAGAGAGGCCACACGUCGUCCAAAAGCCGCAAAGAUCUAUCAUCCAACCCAUCCGGCACCAGCCAAGGAGACCUCAACACCAGUGAUUCAGAAGCAGUCGUGACCAGUUAUAACUGUCAGUUGUGUGAUUUCCGAUACUCAAUGGCCCACAGUGCAGACGUGAUCGUGGUAGCACCUUUACUGCUGCACUACCAGCACAACCACUCCAUCCACAGAUGCUGCAUUCAGCACUGCAUGUAUUGUCCGCAGGGCCUCUGUCAGCCGCUAAAGCACCUGGGGGAGGUGUCUCACCCCUUUGCGUGUCGGAAGCCCAGCUGCCCGAAAUGCUGUUCCAAGUUCCCUUCGUCCACCAAGCAGCAGCAGGACACCGCCGGAUCGAAACCUGCCACCGCCACCUCACCCAGCAUGACCCCUCCUAAUCUUAGAGGUGACCCAGGUGUGAUUUCGGGUUCAACUUUUCUCGCCUCUAACCCUGCCCAUCCUGUUGUCACACAAGGCGUCACCCACUUGUGUGACCAGUGUGCGUUCGCCACCACCGACAUCGACGUGUUGCUCCAGCACUACGAAGGCUGCCACACCCUGAUCAACCUAAAGGGGGCACCGCCACAUGUCAAGGCUGAGGAAGAGGUUGGGGGAGACAAGGAAGGGGGGAGAGGAGGAGAGAGGGAGUACUCUUGUACAAAGUGUCACUUCAUCACGGAAGUGGAAGAAGAGAUUUUUAGACACUACAGGCGUGUCCACGCAUGUUGCCGUUGUCGACGCUGUGACUUCACGGCACCUGAUUCGUCAGCCCUCCUCGACCAUUUUAACUCGGCCCACUGCCAGGACUCCUCUCCCUCACUAAGCUCAUUGACAACGACCUCCUUACCCACCUCGCUGACGCCUUCGCUAACGCUCUCAGCCAAUGGGUGCUCAGCUCCCUCUACCUUGGCCAUCAAAGAGGAAAGCAAGGGGGAUCUUCGCCUCCUGUACUCCCUCGCACCGCCUGAGGGCCGGUUGGCAGAAGGAGGCAGAGAGGAGGCGGGUGGGGUGGUAAAAAGUGAGGGAGGUGAGGAGAAAGAGAGAGAGCGGGAGAAAGGCUGGGUUCUUGGGGAGACAAGAGGACUAGGAGAAAGAGGAGGUGAGCAGGCCCACGGUUUACUCUGGGUGCCCAAGGAGCGAAUGGGACCUGAAAGGGGAGUUGAACGAGGAGCAGGAGGAGGGAGCCCCUCUCUUUUCUCCUCCCCCCUCUCUUUGUCGUUUGUUUCAGCCAAUCAUGAGUCCUCGCAGCAGAAAAGAGGCGUGACUUCGCCAAGCAUGGUUUACCUGGGAGACACCAAGUCCUUUUUGGGAGAUACCAAGUCGUUUUUGGGAGAUGCCAGGCUGUAUGGAGGAGGGAGGUCAGGAGGUGCCACUGCAGGUGGAGGCGGAGUGGAGAAACCGAGCCGGAUGCCUCAGCAGUACACGGGAGGAGGAGGGAGUGGAGGUGGAGGAGGACAGGAGAAAGGAGGAGCCGCGAAAGAGGAGUCCCAAUCCCUUCUACGGCGACGCAGAGGCAGCGGGGUCUUCUGUGCAAACUGUCUGACCACCAAGACGUCUUUGUGGAGGAAGAACUCUAAUGGAGGCUACGUCUGCAACGCGUGUGGUUUAUACCAAAAACUACAUUCGACACCCAGACCUCUAAACAUCAUCAAGCAGAACAACGGUGAACAGAUUAUCCGACGCCGGACCCGAAAACGCAUCAACCCUGAUUCGCUGUCAUCUGAGACCCCCGCCCCCAAACAACAACGCAUCACCAGCGAGGAGCGUGUGAAUGGGGAGGAGUCGGACAGAAGUUUUGCAACAAUCAAAAGCCAGCAGCCUUCACCGCGCUCGCGCUCACCCCGAUCCACUCAAGCCUUUCUCGCCAAUCAAACAUUGGAGAUCCAUCGACGAAUGCCUCCCCUGCUCCUCCCCUCACAUCCCCCCUCCUCAUUGGUAGCUGAAGGCAAUGGGGGCGUUGCUGAGGGAGGGAUUAUAUCAAAAGGAGAGGGAGGAAAAGGAGGAGGGGGGUCAGAAAGAGGCAGUCCGAUUGAAAAGUACAUGCGUCCAUCCAAACCGUCUAGUUAUUCGCCUCCUGGAUCACCCAUUGAAAAGUACCAGUACCCUCUUUUCUCCUUACCCUUACCAUUAACCCUCUCGCCCGAUUUGACCCCUGAGUCGGAUUGGCUCAGAUUCUGGACCAAGUAUAAGAUGGCAGCCGCCUCUGGGGUUCCUGGCAGCAUCAGUAAUCUCAGUAGCCCCGUUGGCCUCGGAAAUAACGCUCUUUACCUUGGUGCAAUGGUGGCUCCAGGACCGCAUCAUCAGCAAAGCUACACGGUGCCUUACUGCGCCUCUCCCUACUCUCCUCUUCCCCCACCUCCAGCCCCUCCUCACUAUCCUCCUCCUCCUCUUCACUCCCAAACGUCAUCGCCAUCAUUAGAAAAUGAUGCUCCUUUGGAUCUCGCAAUAAGACAAAGAGAUACCAGCGCUGUAAAUGCACACAUGUCUACAAAUGGUGCGGAGAGGAGAAGGCAAGAGUCACCACUAGCUGAAAGGUUGAGAGAGAACUGGAAAGGAGAGAAAGAGGAGGACGAGGAGAGCAUAGAUGAAGGAGGAAGCUCAAAAGAGGAGAUGGGAAGGGAAGAAAAGGAUAAUUUGACAAAACGUCGGCCAAGUGUCCCAUCGACUCGCGCAAUGGUGGAAGUGGCCACGCAGGACGACCUGACCAACCGCUGCAUCCACUGUGGGAUCUACUUCCUCGACGAGGUCAUGUAUGCCCUGCACAUGAGUUGUCACGGCGACCAGGGACCAUACCAGUGCAGUUUUUGCCUCCACGUGUGUGUGGAUCGCUAUGAUUUCACCACACACAUACAGAGAGGCUUGCACAGGUACUCGGACAAAACGCCACACAAGAGGGGCCACGAGCAAGAUGGCCUCACUCAGGACGCCACCGUGAUGUCGGAGCAAGAAAUCGUGGCGCCGGAGGAAAACGAUGAAGGCGAUGAUAGCGAGAUCACAGAUGAAAGCAACGAUGUUGUCGGAGUUUGUCACGACAACCAAGCAGAAGUCACUACAGGCAAUGAGGCCGCUGACAUUGAAACAGAAGUUGAAAAGGAGGUAGGAGGAGAGGGCCAUGACAUCACAAAGCAGGCGUUGGAAGAGGAAAUGGUGUCAGAUAGUGAUGAUGUCAUCACCAAGCCCACGGAGGAAACGACUGUUGCUGAAUCUGAAAACGUAGAUGAGAACACAGAGAGUAAUUAAUAAUCGGAUGCCUUUGACUCACACAAACCUUUAAGAACGUGUUUUAUUGAAUGAAUAAGCUGUCAGCCUCCACGUUCCUGGGGGCUAGCUCAUGUCACAGUGGGCACUAAAUGGAACACAUCCUUAUGCUGGAAGCACUCGGCUGUCAAAUGGUCAAAAAUCAUUGUAGGAUCCCGCUCAACUGCUGCAGGGACAGUUGGGAGAAAUAGCCCCCGAAUCCUGCGUUGAGUGACGGCCACGUGACAGCUCUGUGGCAAGUCUUCAACGACGGAGUCCGGGCAUGCAGCUGAAAUCACCGUCAACAAACAGCCACUUCAUGCGCUUUCCGGAGAAGAGGAAGCGCGACUGACAGUUGGACUGCUCUCAUUUAGGAUGAGUUUGAGGAGCUCAGCACUUGCACAGCCAUCAUACAGCAGAGCAAAAAAAAAUAAUGAAUAAACAAUGCGAGAAGCAAAACACUUUACCUGAGCUGAUCUGUUAUGCAGCACGCUAAACUGAUCCCGGAGCUGGUGCCAACUAGUCUGAUGCAUCAUUCAGACCGUUUAGUCAGAUCUGAUCUGGUGAGAACUCCUUUGUUCUGGUCCAGAGCGUAUUGUUGUUGACUGUUUCACACGCUGUGCAGAUGGUUUCGAAACCAAAACUUAUUUUGACUCUUGGAAACUGGUCAGAGUUAAACCAGUUUAAACCUGGUGUUACCUUGGUACAAAAGGAUCAGUUGGUUUCCAUCACUCGUGCCCUCUUGUUUCUAAAACUGGCAAAAAAAUCCCCCCUCCUCCCCCACCCCCCCGUGCUGCAAAGUGGCCCAAACUGGGAGACUGGUUGGGUUUGAUUUGACCGAGACUUUUUGAACUGCUUAAAACCAGUUUCAACUGGUAAGACCGGAGUAAUUCCGGACCGAAGUGUUCUCUUCAUCCAUUUGGAUCAAACCAAGUGAUAUUAUUUUCUACCUUCCUCCGUGCCAUGAUACUAGCUACGUGCCUGGCUGCCUGCCUAACAGAACAUUCAUCUAUUAACCUGCUUAACAUUUAUAAUGAUGAUAAUGGUAAUAAUAAUGAUUAUGAUGUUAUAGUACAAAACAUGCAAUUUGCUACACCUUUUUCCUAUAUAUGUAAUUUUGUAAAGGCAAAUAAUGCUUUUUUUUUGUGUGCAGGAAAUGGUACUAUAAGGAUUAGUGUAUUUGUGUUUUGUUUCUUUUUUAGCUAUUUGUUGUUUGUGUUCUUGUGGAGACUUGUUACAUUGUUCACGGCCGUCUAACAGAAAUGGUACAGCAGAAGACGGGGGUUGGGUGUAUGUGUGCAUUUGUGUAAUAGUGUUUGUGUGUAAGGAACAAAGGAUGAUUUAAACAUUAUGAAGGCGUGCGCUCGAUAUUUCUGUCCUCAGGGGUCACAAGUGUUGCACACCAACCCGCCCGUUUGAUAGCAUGUGACACAUCAUUUUUACAUGUUCAGUGGCCUAGCGGUUUUAGCAUGUUACAUAACGUUCUCUUGUAUAUGUUCUUAUUGUGUUCAUUAUGUGUUAUAGGUCAAAAUGGUCUUAGUAUUUCUUUCUGUAUGUCUUCACAUGGUUUAAUCGAGAGACUUAUGAACUUCGGGACAUCAAAUCUUAAUGUUCUCGAAAGGAUCAAUUAUUUGCGUUGACUGUAUGAACUUGUGCUCUGUAUUGAGUCUACAGAGCUCCUCGCCUACAGUGUUUUACUCAGCCUAUCUUGUAUAUCUGAGAGUUCGGUAGGUUACCUCUAUGUAGCAUGUUAGCGUCUUAUUAAAUACGUUGCCUUUUCUAUGGAUGGAAACUGUUAAACUUUAGACCUAAAUGAUACGGAACAAACACGAGACGACAUUGUAAAGUUGAGUUGUAUAAUUUACUGAAGGGAAAUGAUCAUGUUGCUUCAACUAACUCGUCCCCCUUCUCUCCCAUUCAUUACCGACGUUUGGCUUCUAAAAUCUUCUUAGUUAAAAGAAAAGACCCGCCUGAUUCCCUUCUCCUCGUUUAUUUUUCGACUGUCAGGUCUUUGAACGUCCCCCUUUUCUUCGGAACGGAGCAACGCGGCGGCCAUUUUGUUUAUUUUUAUAAAGAGAGAAUCACUUCUUCUGCCUUGCUGCCUUAGUUGCAAAAAAACAUAUAUAUAUACAAAAUCACCACGAGACUCCUUUUGAAGGAAGUAAUAAAAGGCCGAAAGAAAAUAAAAGACAAGAAGGAGGAAAGAAUGAGAACAAGAUAUUUUUCUAUGCCUAUCCAAAAUGAAUGAGAAAUGUUCCGCCUAGUGCCUGGUAACUUGUACAGUUUUUCUAAUAAGUAUAACUGUCUGUGUCGGAAAGUUAUGUAAUGAGUCGGCAGAAGUUGGUCAAACAGACUGCUGUAUUUAAUUUCCAUGCACCAAGAUGUCAGUCAUCCAUUAUAAUGCUUGAUUUCAGCCUCGCUGUCUGUUGGUCAAAUACCUGUUCACACUUGGCAUUUCCAGCCCACGAGAAGACCCACGUGAGCUUUAAAAAAAAAAUGAAGUCGGUUGCUAUCGAUCACUAGUUAACUAUCUCCAAUUGUUGUAUGUAUGUUCAUGACUCUGUGGAAACGUGGAGACAAACGGAAACUCUGUAACUUUUGUAUGAAAGACAAAGAAGCCAAGAAGUCGGUCUGUACUGUGUAUUUGGUUUACAUGGAGAUGAAUGAUGGCAUGCAGUCAUGUGACCAGAAGGCCCAUAUCAUGCUGAAGGUGAAGGUUUGAGUCUGGAUUUGACACCUUUUACCGUGCAUGGCUCCACUGUCCAUAACACACUGACAAAACCAAUUCAAAAAGCAUUAUGUAAACAAUUCAAAUGGUCUUCAUUAUAGGAAAUAUCUUGUGCCAAUGUGUUGAGUUUUGUUUAUUAUUAUUUUUUUGUAUUAUGGUGAUCUCCUAAGGGGCUGCUAUAGCAUAAUGAAAUACGUUUACAUUUUAAAAUGUAGCAAGUGCUUUCUUAAAAGACAGAACAAAGGAAGGACUGAGGGAUACGUGCUGAGAUGGAUAGAUGGGUGCCUUUGAAGAAGAUAUGAGAAGGUGGAUGAACAGAGUAGCUCAUACAAAUAGGUUUAUGUAUCCAUUCAGCCACUCUUCUGUGGUCUCUUUACCUCCUUCAGCAUCACCUCUCCAUCUCCAUCUCUCUUUGUUUCUAUCCACCUGUUACUCCGACUCUUCUGUGUAUUCUUCCGCUGUCCUGCAUCCCUUCUCUUGAUUAACGUGCUCUGCUGGUGGGAGUUAGGAGUCCUGAAGGCAACUCGGUCCCCACAACUGACAACCUUUGUGCUUAUGUUUACUUUGUUGCAUUUCACUCCCACUUGAAUGGGCCUCGGCUUUGUUGGAGGAAAUUGUCACCAGCAGUGAAAUUUCCAACACUUGCUCGAAGCAAAGUGUGGAUUCUUUUUUUUUUUUAGAUUUAGGUUCAUUUGUUUGCCAACGGGACUCACAUUUGAUACAUUUGAUACAAAUGUGAGUCCCGUUGGUAACGGUUUUCAGGGGACUUCUAGGAAAAGUAGGACAAAGAUGUGAAAAAGAAACUGGAUGAACUAGGUUGUUGUUUUGUUAAAUCUGGGUGAACAUCUUGAUUUCUCAGCGGGCUGGAGACAAAUUCUGAUGCCAAAAUGUUUCAGUCGUUAGGCUUUCGAAAGAAAAUCCUGUCACCGAACUUGGAAGUAAAAAGAACACAGCCACGAUAUUUAAGAAAAAAGAAGAAAGAACUGUUCAUGCACUCUUUUCAUAUAGUUGGUGCUCUGCAGAACCCUUUACUGUCCAAAUAUCUUCUUUUUGUGUAUCUGCCAGUUUAACGUUAACGUCUCCCAUGGGUCAAGUAAGGAUGCCGUUUAUGUAAAACAUAAAUAGUUAUUAAUGUUGAUAGGGAGAAGAUUUCAGCCGUCGUUUGUGUUUUAAAAUGGGCACGAGCAGCUUGGUGAUGAAUGAGGUACUGCGGGACACAUAUGCCGUGUUUUCCUUCAAUAAUGAGGUUUAUGUUUUAGGUUUGAUGGCAUUUCACAUCAGAGUUUACAUUGAGUGUGUGUGUGGGGGGGGGGCUGGCUUUACAAGUGUUUUAAUUUUUGUCUUUCUCAGAAUGUGUUAUAGAGAAUUAUGCUGUUGCUUGCACUCCAUUUAUUAUGUUCUUAUUGCCAAGGAAGGGACAACACAUACAGACACACUCACACAGACACAUUCACACACACACACACACACACACACACACCGGCAGUGGUACGGCUUGAGUGUACAUUUUGGGAUGUACAGUAUUAAUCAUGGGAGACAAGGGAGCUAAAGGCCAGUUUGUUAUUGGUCAGACACACAUGCAUGCACACACAUCAACUAUGUACAUUUAACCAAUAUAUUUUAGUAGCAUUUUGUCUCCUAUUCAGUUGAAUGGCUUUGAUAGAAUUUUGUUUUUUGUUUUUUAGGUUAUUUUCUUUCUCAUGUUGUAUUUUAUUCUGAAACCUUUCCGUACGUUGUUUUUAGGUUUCAUUUCAUGCAAAAAUGAUAAUUCAACAUAUUUUGACAGCCAAGAAAAAGUUUGUUCCACAGCUAAACUUGAAGAAUAAUGUUGACGAUGAUGAUGACGAUGAUAAUAAUUAA